GGAGGAGGAGGAGGAGGAUGUGACAACAGAGGAGGAGGGGGUAGGGGACGAUUAUGAAGCGUCCAAAAGCGUGAGACAUCCUGUACUUCCGGAAUACGUGCCCAAAAACAAAACUAUGAACAAGUCACGACCGGAUGUGGAGGAGAGCGAUUCCAAACAGGGCAGAACCGCCAGACGUCAAAAAGGGGAGGAGAGCGCAGAUUCUGAUGACGUCAUCGACCGGAAGACGAAGAAAAAGUCGCGGUCUACGUCAGCAGGAAAGGGAGACAAAAAGACAACGUCACGAUCUCGAAGCGGUUCGAGCAAGAAAAAGAAGACGAAGAAGAAGAAAGACGACGACAGCUAUGAUUCGGAAGACGACGCGGGAAAAUACUCCGACGCUGAUCUCGAUACGAAGAAGAAGGAGCAGCAAAAGAAGAAGAAGAAACGGUACGAAAGUUCCGACGAUGAACGUUCUAGAAGCAGAAGCAGAAACAGACGGCGCUCCUCCACCAAGCGUAGUCGGUCACGUGAUCUAGCCACGUCACGCUCGGACAGUCUCGCGGGAUCGGACGAUGCCGGGUCAGAGAGGAGUCGAACCCGCGCCCGCCACAAAGAGGGCGGCAACAAACACCCCUCCUUGUCUCGGAACUCCAGCGGCAAGAAGAAACGAGCGGCUUCCAAAGACCGAUCCGCGUCGAAAGACAGACUAUCGGAAGCGGACGGUCGCAGGAAAAAACAGAGCGGCGCCUCGUCUGAUGAGGGCUCAAAGUACAGCAGCAGCCGACACCACCAACGCACCAGGUCGAAGGGCGGGAGAGGGGAGUCGGAUGUGGAGAGAAAGACUCGAACCCGGGACUUCUCGGACACGGAGAGCGUGCGCAGUAAGCAGAGUAGAAGGACCGGAGAGAAGCCGAAAGGGACGUAUUCCAGCUACUAUGAAUACUGACACCUAUGUGAGAAAUACGUUUAGGUAAAUACUGAAAGAAAGAGACGUAUUCUAGGCUCUGAGAAUACUGACACGUAUGUGUGAGAAGUACCUGUACUUAAAUACCUUGAGAAAGAAAGGUAUUCAAGUUACUAUGAAUACUGAUGCGUACGUGAGAAAUACAUUUACGCAAAUACUGAAAGAAAGAGACGUAUUUUAGGCACUAUGAAUACUGACAAGUACGUGAGAAAAGCAUGUACGUAAAUACCGAAAAAGGGACGUAUUCUAGCUACUAUGAAUACUGAAAGAGACACUUAAUUGAGAAUACAUGUACAUAAAUACCGAAAGAAAGGAAGGUACUUUAACUACUAUGAAAAUACGUAAAUAUACAGAAAGAAAAGUUUUCCAACUGUUAUGAACUAGCUGGGUGUCCUGUUCGAUGAACGGACUCAAAAGAAUCUAUCGUCAAGUCAUUGUGGGAUCAGUGCUCACACUCUUUGUGAACGGAAG